CACGACCGCACCGAGCGCGACCUCCACGACGUCAAAACGAGGAUGGCUAUGUCCGAGCAGUCCAUGCGUGAGUUCUGUGACACGUUCAGCAAGCUCCAGCGCAUCGUGGGCAACGCGGAGGCGCGGCAGCCGUGCCUCAAGGUGGACGCCAUCGGCUCCUUCGACCGUGCCGCCGACCCGUGCACGUUCUGGCGUGGCUGUGCCUCAGCCUUCUCCGUUGACGAACUCACGGCAUCUUUGGAAUGCUGCUUCUCAGCCGCCGAGGUCACGUUGGACCAUAUCGCCUUCAACACCACAGGCCUCGGAAGCGGCACUCCUUCACGGUCGCUGGCGGCACGGUGUUGGCUGAACAGCGAGCCCGUCGUCUUCAUUCAUCUUUACGUGAUGGUCGCAACUGGCGUCAAUUUGAAGUUGUGGCGCGAGAUUCAGGUCAAGCGCCUCGCUAAGAUCAUUCAGGACCGCUUCCCGACCAUGGACAUUCACAUCUACCGCUCCCAGGGCUGCCUCACGUCUCAGAACGAAGCGCUGGUUCAGCUACAUGUUGGUGCUACUGCUGAUGAGCCUACCCGACUCCAAUGGACUGCCGCCGCCGUCAGGCUGGACAUCGACGACGAGCGCCAGCGCUGCAUCCGCACGGGGUUCGAGUCCAGCUUCGCAGACGCCCUG